UACCCUUGACAAAUUGACACUGUGUAAGAGUCGUUUAUGGGUUUCCAUCUACGACAUGCUAAAAACAAAGGUUACGUCAAGUAAGUAGUAAUUGGUGGAUAUUUUUAAGCGAUGACUCACAUGCAGGCUUAUUUCCCGUGUGAGGUCUGGCUAGCGUGUGACUGGUCAUACAGAUCCAUCGCUCACAAGCCGUACAUUCCGUCAAGAUAAACUUCAGAAAGACCUUUUCUUGUGUAAAAGUGCUCCCACCUGAAAGUUUCGGCGAUAAUGAAUCGGUCCCGCGUAGUGUUAUUUUUUUCUGCUACUUUUUUGCUGGUGUUAGUUCAUGGCGCACAUGGGUGUAGGCGGCUGGGAACCAGUGGCAGUAUACCUCCGAAAGGUCAAGGACCAACGCAAGAUCCAAUCUCCGAUGUGUGGCUUGGUCGACUGCCAUUUUUUAGCUACAUGUGCGGUUGGCCUAAUGACACCGUAAAAGGAGGAAUGGUUCGCAGGCAGGUCAUCGACCCCUUCCAGUUGAUCCCAAGAAAUCUGGAUCCGAUCCACACACUGGUGUAUUUCCGUGGAGAGGUGUACGAGUGGGGACAAGGUUUGUUGCGAUCAUACGCCCGAGGUACCCUAGGCCGCGACCCACACGGUUGCCCGAUCCACUGGAGCCUUUACGGUCAGAGUAAUUGUACAUCCUCAGAGGUAAAAGAGGUUGCAGCGAGCUAUCUGUCCCAUUAUGGAUCCUACAACCUGCUAAGUAAUAACUGUCAUAGCUUCACGGAAAGACUGAACCAGAAGUUACUGAGUGGGGAUUGUAGGCCUUUCUGAAGACUUCCGUGAAACUACAGAAACCUCGUGUGGCAGCCAUCUUGCAGGGAAGUUCUUUUGUUCCAUAGGGAAACCCCCUUUGUCCAUACCCUUUGGAGCAAGAACGCUUGCCUGUAUAAGAUGGUAGCCAAGCAAAGGAUCAGUAGCAUGAAAAAAAGUAUCAAGAAACUCCAACAAAUGGAAUGUAAUUUAGAAAAGUGAACUUCUCCCUUCCUAGAUAUCAAGAAGUCAAGUGAACAAGUUCGUCCAGGGGAUGAUCGAUGGGAGGGCCAGAAUUUCAAGGUUGGGUAAAGGUGACUAAUAAUAAAACAGUAAUGCCACAAGAGAUCGAUUUUCAACCUUGGUUUUUAUGUUUGCAUCCAUGCAUUUUUUAUUACGUAAU